AUGCUUGUGCACUUGCUUCUUUUCUCUGAAACCCACUCUCGAGCUCACUUCAACCCGCCAAUCAUAUCUCCCAGAGACUUUGGUUCAACAUGCUACACCGCACCAAUCCCAACAAGUUAUGAGCCCGGCACCAUACUUCUGCUAUGUGGAGAUACAUUCUACACCGCAGAGAAUGAUGGCAAGAAGUGGCUGAAUCUCGUUGUGCUCAGUACACGCAUGAUUUUGCAUAUCACAUCAUCGAUCGCUGUGUUUCAAGGGCCAUGUUCUGGACUAUCGAACCGUCAAGGCGAAAAAGAACUCUCAUUGGAUUCUACAGUAUUGCGGCAUGAUAGGGAAGACUGCGGAGCUGUUCCGGAUGCCAAAGGAUCAAAGUCCAUGUGGAGGACUGCAAUUGCAAGCGACGAUUUAGCGUCCAUUAGAGGUACCACAACAUUUUUUGGUGUAGGACAGAAGGACCAGCGCUUUGAAGGGACUGGUUACCAUCAGGUUGGGUGCAUUGUGACUGUCACUUGA